UUCUCAAUCCCUCUCUCUCCUGUCUUGCGGAUGCCCUCUGUCUCGGUCUCGCCAACGCCGUCUCAUCUCCGUCUCUCGCCAUCUCGGGGGUUGUGGGCUUUGCUUUUGUUGGUCGACCGUCAGUUAGCCCAUUAUUAGCCAGGUUUUGAGAAGCCUAUAGCCUUGGAACGACCGUACUGGUAUCUUCUGAUCGAUAGAGAGACAAAGUAAAAGGAACACCGAGAACAAAAAUGGCAGAAGCUCUCAUUUCUAGCAUUGCGGGAGAGAUCGUUGCUAGUCUAGCUUCUCAAGCAAUAGAAAAUAUUGGAAAGUUAUGGGGCGACAAGCAUGAACUUGAGGCACUUAGGGAGAAAGUCUCCACGCUUCAAGCUUUACUGGAUGAUGCAGAGGAGCAAUACUACCAGAGUCGCGAAAUCAAAGAUUGGGUUGAUAGACUGAAGGGCGCUUUUUAUGACGCACUGGACGUGCUUGAAGAAUACAAUGUAGAAGCUACGCGACAAGGACUGAGAGGCCACAAUAAAAUGUUCAGGGAGGUAAGGAAAUUUUUCUCUGGUUCAAACCAGGUUGCUUUUAUAUUGAAGAUGAGUUACAAAGUAAGAGCAGUGAAGAGAAGAAUAGAAACCAUUGAGGCUAACAGAAAAUUCGACUUGAACACACUCCCCGAGAGAGAGUGGAUGAAGAGAGAAGAGACACAUUCCUUUGCAUGUGAGGGGGAUAUUAUAGGGAGAGAUGAUGAUAAGGAGACUGUUAAGAAUUUUUUAUUGGAUUCACACGUGAAAGGGAAUGUUUCCAUCCUUCCAAUAGUUGGUAUUGGUGGGCUUGGAAAAACAACUCUUGCUCAAUGUGUAUAUAAUGAUAAGAUGGUUAGUGAACAUUUUGAAUUGAAAAUGUGGGUUUGUGUCUCUGAGAACUUUGACAUGAAAAAAAUAGUGAAAAAUAUCUUAGCUUGUGUGACGAAGGGGAAGGAGAAGAAGGAACUGAAUCAUGAUGGGAUUGAACAGUUACAACAUAAACUCAGGGAAAAAAAUUGAUGGAAGGAGAUAUCUUUUAGUUUUAGAUGAUUAUUGGGAUGAAGAACUAGAAAAAUGGCUCAAAUUGAGAACAUUAUUGGUGGAAGGUGCUAGAGGAAGCAAGAUCCUUAUAACGACACGUCUUCCUUCGGUUGCGGAUAUCACCUGCACUACUUCGCCUCAUCUUCUUAAGGAAUUAUCUGAAAUGGAGUCUGUCGAUUUAUUAAUGCAAAUGGCUUUUCCAAAAGGAGAGGAGACACAAGAUCCUGACUUGCGACCUAUUGGCGAAGAGAUAGCUAGAAGGUGCUCUGGUGUUCCAUUGGUUGUUCGAACUGUUGGAAGCUUACUAUUUUCUAAGAAAACAAAAGCCGAAUGGUUACAUUUUAAAGAUUAUAAGCUCCCAGAAGUAUCUCGAAGUAAAAAAGAAAUAAUGUCAGUUCUUAGGCUAAGUUACAACAAUCUUCCUUCACAUUUAAAACGAUGUUUCGCUUUUUGUUCAUUGUUUCCCAAAGAUCAUGAGAUAAAUAAGCAGACUUUGGUCGAUCUUUGGGUGGCAGGAGGAUUUAUCAAGCCAUCAAAUACAAGUGAGCCUUUAGAAGACAUUGCCCAUGAAUAUUUCAUGAAUCUACUUUGGAAUAACUUUUUUCAAGAUUUUAGAGAAGAUCCAAUCACAAAAAAUGGGAUUUGCAAGAUGCAUGAUUUGAUGCAUGAUCUAGCCUGCUCGGUUGCAGGGAAUGAGUGUUGGGCGGCAAGGGAUGACAUGAAUCAAAUAAAUGAAAGAACUCGUCAUAUAUCCUAUGGUUCCACUUUCAAUUUGAUGGGUGAACUUCCAAUCUCACGCUUGAAACCAAGUGUAGUGAGAACGUUUUUGUAUACUAGAGGUUGGGGAAGAAAUCUAACAAGUGAAGUAGACCUACGCCAAUUAAUUCAAAAUUUCAAGAGGUUGCGCAUCUUGGAUCUACAUGCCACAGAGUUC